UGGGAUCAAGUGGCAGCCGUUCAGUCCCAGCUCAACUUCACCUGGCUGCUCGUCUCUCUCUCUCUCCGUCUCUGGAAGCCUCUCACUCGUUCCUCUUCUGGCUUUUGUUCCUCCACUUCUCCCUCUUCAAGGUGCUGCUGGUGGUGGUCACUCAUCCCACGACCAGUGUCUGCAGUGUGGUGCCGCAGGAUGCCUGCUGGGAGAGGAGGGGAUGGAGCCGGGUCAGGACUGGGCCGGGGGACGCCGGCGGCGGUGGCCCCUGGUCGGGCUCCUGGCCCCGGGCUGUGGAGGAUGGUGCUGUUGGGUGUUGUGGUGCUGCUGGCCGGUGGAGGAUGUGCGGAGGCGUGCCCGGCUCUGUGCAGCUGCCUGGGGAACACGGUGGACUGCCACGGCCUGGGGAUCCACUCCGUGCCCAAGAACAUCCCCCGAGGGACCGAGAGGCUGGAUCUGAACGGAAACAACCUGACAGUCAUCACCAAGACGGACUUCUCUGGCCUCAAACACCUCCGAGUUCUACAUCUGAUGGAAAACCAGAUCAGUAACGUCGAGAGGGGAGCGUUCGACGAGCUGAGGGAGCUGGAAAGACUUCGUCUCAACAAGAAUCAUCUCAGUCAGUUUCCAGAGCUGCUGUUCCAGAAGAACGAAGCUCUGUCUCGACUGGACCUGAGUGAAAAUGGCAUCCAGGCCGUCCCGAGGAGAGCCUUCAGAGGGGCCACGGACCUGAAGAACCUCCAGUUGGAUAAAAACCACAUCAGCUGCAUCGAGGAGGGAGCGUUCAGAGCUCUGCGAUCUCUGGAGGUUCUCACGCUGAACAACAACAACAUCAGCACCAUACCAGUCUCCAGUUUCAACCACAUGCCAAAGCUCCGCACCUUUCGUCUCCACUCCAACUCUCUGCGGUGCGACUGCCACCUGGCCUGGUUGUCUCCUUGGCUGCGGCAGCGGCCGGCGUUAGGCCUCUACACCCAGUGCAGCUCCCCCCCCACGCUGAGGGGCCUCAACCUGGCUGAGCUGCGCAAGAGUGACUUCGCCUGCUCGGGCCACGGCGGCAGCGCCUUUGUCCAGCCGUGCAGUCUGGCGUCCGGCUCCUGUCCUCCCAUGUGCUCCUGCAGCAACAACAUCGUGGACUGUCGGGGGCGGGGCCUCACCGCCAUCCCCGCCCACCUCCCUGAGGCCAUGACGGAGAUUCGUCUCGAGCAGAAUGGCAUCAAGUCAGUCCCCCCCGGCGCCUUCACCUCCUACAAGAAACUCAGACGGAUAGAUCUGAGCAACAACCAGAUUUCUGAAAUCGCUCCAGAUGCUUUCCACGGCCUCCGAGCGCUCAACUCACUGGUUCUGUACGGCAACAAGAUCACGGAGCUGCCGGGCGGAGUGUUCGAUGCCCUGGCUUCACUGGAGCUGCUUUUGCUGAACGCAAAUAAGAUCCACUGCAUCCGAGCCGCUGUGUUUAAAGAUCUGGAGAAUCUGGCUCUGCUGUCGCUCUACGACAACAAGAUCCAGAGUCUGGCCAAAGGGACCUUCAGCUCCCUGCACAGCAUCCAGACCCUCCACCUGGCCCAGAACCCCUUUGUGUGUGACUGUAACGUGAAGUGGUUGGCCGACUUCCUGCGUUCGAAUCCCAUCGAGACGAGCGGCGCCCGCUGUGCCAGCCCCCGCCGCCUCGCCAACAAACGCAUCGCACAGAUCAAGAGCAACAAGUUCCGAUGCUCCGCCAAAGAGCAGUACCACAUCCCAGGCACAGAGGACAGGCGUCUGAGCUACGAGUGUAACAGUAAGCCGGUGUGUCCCGCUAAGUGUCGCUGUGAAGCCAACGUGGUCGACUGCUCCAACCUCCGUCUCACCAAGUUCCCCGAGCACCUGCCCCCGUCCACCGAAGAGCUGCGUCUCAACAACAACGACCUCUCGGUGCUGGAGGCCACCGGCGCCUUCAAGGGCCUGACGCAGCUCAAGAAAAUCAACUUGAGCAACAACAAGAUCUCGGAGAUCGAGGACGGGGCGUUUGACGGGGCGUCCUCGGCGGUGGAGCUUCACCUCACGGCCAAUCACCUGGAGUCUGUGAGAGGGAGCAUGUUCAGAGGGAUGGAGGGGCUCCGCAUGCUGAUGCUGAGGAACAACAAGAUCGGCUGUCUCCAUAACGGCAGCUUCACGGGUCUCACCAACGUCCGGCUCCUCUCGCUGUACGACAACCAGCUGAGGUCCAUCCUGCCCGGGGCCUUCGACACGCUGCCCAACCUGUCCACGCUGAACCUGCUGGCCAAUCCUUUCACCUGUGACUGCCGUCUGUCCUGGUUUGGGGCGUGGCUUCGGAGCAGGCGAAUCGUGACGGGGAAUCCUCGCUGCCAGGGCCCCGCCUUCCUCCGGGAGAUCCCCCUGCAGGACGUGGCUGCGCCCGACUUCCGCUGUGAAGAUGGCUCGGUGCUGGACGACAGCCGCUGUGUUUCGGGGCCUCAGUGUCCGACCCAGUGCACCUGCAUGGACACGGUGGUCCGCUGCAGCAACAAGCACCUGCAGGGUCUCCCCCGGGGGCUGCCACGCAACGUCACCGAGCUGUAUCUGGAUGGAAACCAGUUCACCAGUGUUCCCAAAGACUUGGCCACCUUCAAAUACCUGCAGCUCGUAGAUCUGAGCAACAAUAAAAUCAGUUCCCUGUCGGACGACUCCUUCUCCAACAUGAGCCAGCUCACCACGCUGAUCCUCAGCUACAACUCACUCCGCUGUAUCCCUCCUCUGUCGCUGAGCGGCCUGCGCUCCCUGAGGCUGCUCUCUCUCCAUGGCAACGACAUCUCGGAGCUGCAGCAGGGCAUCUUCAGCGACGUGGCCUCCUUGUCUCACCUAGCGAUCGGAGCCAACCCUCUGUACUGUGACUGCCGGCUGCUCUGGCUCUCGGACUGGGUGAAGAGCGGCUACAAGGAGCCGGGUAUCGCCCGCUGUGCCGGCCCCGGGGACAUGGAGGGCAAGCUGCUGCUCACCACGCCCGCCGACAAGUUCCAGUGUCUGGGUCCCGUGGAGGCGGCUGUUAAGGCCAAGUGCAGCCCGUGUGUGUCGUCCCCCUGCCAGAACCAGGGCGUCUGCCAAGUGCAACACACACAACCGUACACCUGCACCUGCAAGGCUGGAUUCACGGGUGAGCACUGUGAGACACCAGUGGAUGCUUGUGUCAGUAAUCCCUGCACUAACGGAGGAACCUGCCUGAGUGACGAGCAGACCAGAGGCUUCAGCUGCGCGUGUGCGUUCGGUUUCCACGCCACGUUCUGCGAGGUGAACGUGGACGACUGUCAGGACCAUGGAUGUGAGAACGGCGCCACCUGUGUGGACGGAGUGGGGAACUACACCUGCUUGUGUUCUCCUGACUACACAGGUCUGUUUUGUGAAGAAGAGGAGGGGGGGUGUGCUCCGGGGAGAAACCCCUGUCAGCAUCAGUCCACCUGCGUCAGCUCCCCCACAGGCUCCAGGUGUGUGUGUAUCCCCGGCUGGGUGGGGCCGAACUGCAGUAUAGAUUAUAACGAGUGUGUGGAUCAUCGCUGUCAGAACGGAGCUCAGUGCGUCGACCAUCUGGACGGUUACAGCUGCAUCUGUCCUCAGGGAUACAGUGGACAGUUCUGUGAGGUGGCCCUUGUCCCCCCGUCCCCGUGCCAGCUGGCUCGGUGUCAGAACGGCGCCCCCUGCCUGGAGGGGACGGGCACGGCGGAGUGUCAGUGCCCCCCCGGCUUCGAGGGUCAGAGCUGUGAGAAGCUGGUGAGCGUCAACUUCGUGGACAGAGACUCGUACGUCGAGCUUCAAGACGUCAAGAACUGGCCCCAGGCCAACAUCUCCCUGCAGGUGUCGACAGCAGAGGACAACGGCAUCCUGCUCUAUAAUGGAGACAAUGAACCAAUCGCUGUUGAGCUUCAUCAGGGUCAUGUGAGGGUCACGUAUGAUCCCGGGAACCAGCCUGCGACCACUAUUUACAGCACUGAGACGGUGAACGACGGGCUCUUCCACACCGUGGAGCUGGUGACCUUCAACCGGAUGGUGAACUUGUCCGUGGACGGAGGAGAGCCGACCACUCUGGACAGUCAGGGGCGGAGCCAGCUGGUGACGGGGGAGGCUCCUCUGUACGUGGGAGGUUUGCCGGAGCAGGCGAUGCCGGCGUCUCUGGGUCUGUCCUCUCAGACCCUCAACACGUCCAGCUUCCACGGCUGCAUCCGGAACCUGUACAUCAACCAGGAGCUGCAGGACUUCACCCGCAGCCACAUGAAGCCCGGCGUGGUGCCCGGCUGCCAGGCCUGCCGCAAGCUCCACUGCCUCCACGGCCUGUGCCGACCGGACGCCGCGCAGGGUCCUCGGUGUCACUGUCAGACAGGCUGGACGGGACAGCACUGUGACCAGCCAAUCACAGGAGCCCUCACUGGACCGGAGGUCGUCGCCACCGCAACCAGCGUCCACCCGUGUGACGGCAACAAGUGCGUGAGCGGCGUGUGCACCGAGCUGGACGCGCACACGUACCGCUGCGACUGCCAGGAGGGAUAUCGCGGCGCGCUGUGCAACCUGCAGGGGGCGCCGGCGGCGUCCUGCCAGGGGCUGCAGUGUCUGCACGGACAGUGUGAGGAGACGGAGGGGGGGCAGCGCUGCGUCUGCCAGGAAGGGUUCACCGGAGAGAGCUGUGCCACAGAGUCUCCGUGUCGUGGUGAGCCGGUGAGGGAUUUCCACCGGCUGCAGCGCGGCACCGUCCUCUGCCAGACGUCCAAAACCUUCUCCUGGGUGGAGUGUCGGGGUCGAUGCCAGGCGGGAUCCGGGCCAGGAGCCGGGCCGGGAUCCGGGCCGGGGGCCACCGGCGCCCCCUGCUGUGCUCCUCUGAGGCUGCGGCGCCGGCGGCUCCCCUUCGAGUGCGACGACGGGACCUCGUUCACACAGGACGUGGAGAAGCCUGUGGAGUGUGGCUGCAAGGAGUGUGUGUAGUGCUGUGGAUGGUGCUCACAUGCAGACACACACACACACACACUCACUCACACACACAUAACCACAAGCUGAAGAGGUACACACACUGUAGGGACUCACUGAAGACCGGAUGUUGUCGGUGGUGUUUGUUUUGUGUGUUUUUUGCGCACAGACGCAGUUUUGUAACAUAAGACAGUUCUUCCCUCCUGAGACGUCAACAAGUCAACCUCAUCAUCAACCUCAUCAUCAUCUUCCUCCUCCUCCUCCUCCUCUUCCUCGCCUGCUCCAGAGGAACCUGGGAGAUAACUACCUAACUGCAGCUCAUUACCGAUCCUCACGCCUCCGCACGCCUUCUGUGUGUGUCUCUGUGUGUGUCUCUGUGUGUGUCUCUGAAGUGCGGCAGCGCCUCCUUCCCUCAGUCGACUCGUCACAGGAACAAAGACACGAGUCUGAAGCUCCUUCCUUUGUGAACUGGAACAUCUGGCGUCCACACGUUAAAACACAGAAGACUGGAAACGCCGCUGAUCUCGUUUCAGUUUGGACGAUCAGAAACUGAGGAGUUUGGAAACGAUGACAUAGACACUAACAGUUCACUUCUGAAUUCCACAAUGACACAACUGUUUCCAUGAGCAGGAGAACAGAUGUGAACGGAUAUUUCAAUUUAUACUGACACAGAAAGCUUGUGUGCACAGAGAUGCUUUUAGUUUGAAAACGCUGUUAGAUGCUGGUGAGUUCACAUAUUAGAACUGGAGUGAAGCUCCCUCACCGUCCCUCAGUGACCUCACGCUGCCGGGGUCGGGCUCUGAGUGGUGAUUGAAGCAGAUCAGUGGCGGUGGCGUCCGGGGCGUUUAUGUUCUGACCUCACAACAACCCUCAGCACGCCGCCGGUCCAUCACAGCGCUGACCUUCCAGAAGCAUCCGUCCAUUCCACUCGUCCUUUUGGAGGGUCACAGUGUAGGGGGGGAGGGGAGGGGGCGGGGCCCGGAAGUGACAACCAGGAAGUGAAAAGACCUCAGUCUCACUUCGGCCUCGUAACAUCUGGUGAAACGUUGAUUUGAGAAAUUAGAGAAACUGGAAGCAGCAGAAACAGUCAUGUUAAUAUUUUAUUGUCUAAUUUCUAUUAUUUUGAAGGGAAUCAUAUCAUAUUCGACCCGGAUGUGACCAACGGUAAACGUCCAAGUCGACCACACGUGUCCUCGUCCACUCGAGAGACGAGUCCUCAGAGUCAGUUUCCUUCUUUCUUCUCAUUCAACUCAGUUUCUGACACAAAGACUCCGGUGAUCGUGAGGAGCUGAAGAAACUAAACUUCUUCUAUUAUCUCUGAAUCUUCCUCUAACUGAACAAGAUGCUGCUCAUCCCUCGUUUCUUCUGCUCUUCACCUCUGAUGUGACAGUUUUCUCCCCUUUACUUAAACUUUGAAUUUUAAUUCCAUUUAAUCUGUAAAUGUUUAAACUUUACAGUGACAAAGUAUAAUUAUACUAAUAUAAUAUAUGUAAAUCACACUGAACAGGUAUUUUAAGACAAGUCUCCUCAGAGCAGAAAGUUGACGUGUGAAAAUAAGUUUGAUCACAUUUAGCAUAAAAAAGGCUGCUAAAUUAAAAACUGACUUUUCUUCACAUCAGCUGAUUCACUGCAGAUCAACACGAUCUCAUGAAUAAACUCCACUAAUGAUCUGAUGUGUUGAGCCAUCAGCGCCCCCUGCAGUUUGAAAAGAGGAUAACAAAGAUUUGUUCCACUUCCUCUAUAAUAUAAUCUGAACAAAGCCCAAAGGUCAAAGGUGACGGAGUUCACAGGGGACGGCAGCGGGGUCGUUCCCAUCGCUGCUCGCCAGACGCCCUUUCUCCCAGUUCAAACUGGUGUGUGUGUGAGUGAGGGGAGGGGUGUGUGUGUGUGUGUGAGUGUGUGUGAGUGUGAGAGCACGUUUGUUCUUGUUCUUCUAUAUUUGACAGAAAUACAGGAAUUUUACUGCUGAUGGUUUUAAAAACAUCUAAAGUCGUAGGAAAAGGUCAAAGGUUAAAUACAAUUUCAAACCGUAUUAUGUGACGCAGAGUCCUCACAAAUAUAGAUGCACACAAACUAAAUGUGUGUGUGUGUGUGAGUGUGUGUCAUUGUUAAGACGCCGUCCAUGUUAAUGAGCUUCAUCAUACGCCGAUCAGACUCCUCCUCCUCUGGUGAACAUGGGACAGAUGUAACUUUUAUAUUUGAUGACAUGUAAUUUAUACGGACGUGAAACUAAAAUAACAAGUGUGUGUGUAACGACUUUUUAACAUGUUUUUAUUUGUUGUUUUUGUCAUGAAGGCCGAGUUGUGUCACGAAUCUGAAGUAAACUAACGUAGCUUUUAACAUCCUCAUUAUUAUUAUUAUUAUUAUUAUUAUGACUAUAACUGCAGAAGGUCUACACAGUAACAGCCUAACAGAUUGUAAUAUAUUACUCUAUUGUUUUGAUUUGCUCAUAGUAUUUUUAUAUGUUGACGAUGAACCUGUCUCUGUCUCGUCUGUAGCUUCUAGAUUCAAAGUCUAUGUUUUUUUCAUUUUGCCAAAAAACCAAAACUGCAAAAAAGACAAAAAAGUUUCCGAAGCGAUUUCACGUCAUCAUUCAUGGAAAUUAAAAAAAAGAAGAAAAGAAGUAGAGUUGAUGUUGUUUCAUCCGAGUGGAGCUUCUCCUUUUUCCUAUUUAU